UCGUCGUGUCUGAGUGACGUAUUUCCUCAAAGUCGGCUACGUGAGGAACUACAGCAAAAGGACCCGAGCCUCAAAUAAAACAUCAGUUUCUCUUCGUCUGUGUAACAGUUUCACUCUGCCAAGUCACUACUGGAAUACGUAACCCGAAAAAGAUAAAAUGCCUCAGAACGAGCACAUUGAGCUGCACCGCAAGCGGCAUGGCUACCGCCUGGACUACCAUGAAAAGAAAAGGAAGAAGGAGGGCCGUGAGGCUCACGAGCGGUCCCACAAAGCCCGGAAGAUGAUUGGACUGAAGGCCAAACUGUACCACAAACAGAGACAUGCGGAGAAGAUUCAAAUGAAGAAGACCAUCAAAAUGCAUGAACAGAGGAAGACCAAGCAGAAGAACGAUGAUAAGACGCCACAGGGUGCCGUGCCGGCCUACCUGUUGGACAGAGAGGGACAGUCUCGAGCCAAGGUUCUGUCCAACAUGAUCAAGCAGAAGAGGAAAGAGAAGGCUGGUAAAUGGGAGGUGCCCCUUCCAAAGGUCAGAGCUCAGGGAGAGACAGAAGUGCUCAAAGUCAUCAAAACAGGGAAGAGGCAAAAGAAGGCAUGGAAGAGAAUGGUCACCAAAGUCUGCUUUGUAGGUGACGGCUUCACCCGUAAACCUCCAAAAUAUGAGCGUUUCAUCAGACCCAUGGGCCUGCGUUUUAAGAAGGCGCACGUCACACACCCAGAGCUGAAGGCCACAUUUUGUCUGCCCAUCCUUGGUGUGAAGAAGAAUCCAUCAUCACCUCUGUACACAUCUUUGGGGGUCAUCACCAAGGGAACGGUCAUAGAGGUCAAUGUCAGCGAGUUGGGUUUGGUCACACAAGGAGGAAGGGUCAUCUGGGGUAAAUACGCCCAGGUGACAAAUAACCCGGAGAACGACGGCUGCAUUAAUGCAGUUCUGCUUGUAUGAGACUGUUGACUUUUAUAUAGACUUUGCAGAAUAACUGAUU